UUUCCUUGGCUACGACACAGGAAAGCAAAGGGCCGGUCCCUUCCGUUUGCGCGGCUGCGUUGGGAGCGUAGCCGGGGCUGCCGGGGAUGGGCCGGACCAUGGGGCUGCGCCGGGCCUAGCGGGCAGCUGUUGCCAUGAGCGGGGCUGCGGGGGGCGAGGCGCGCGGCGGGGAUCCCGGCGCCCGCUGGCGGCCAUGGGGGCUGCUUGCCUUGGGCCUCCUCUCCGUCUCCUCCGUGCUGGCCGCCGCCCCGGCCGCCGGAGCCAUGAGCAGGGACGAGAAGCGGCGCCUCGGGAGUCAAGUGCUGGAAAUGUUUAAUCAUGCUUACAGUAAUUACAUGGAACAUGCCUAUCCAGCUGAUGAACUCAUGCCUUUAACUUGUCGUGGCCGGGUGCGGGGUCAGGAGCCAAGUCGUGGGGAUGUAGAUGAUGCCUUGGGAAAGUUUUCACUGACACUGAUAGAUACCUUGGACACUCUUGUGGUCUUAAAUAAAAACAAAGAGUUUGAAGAAGCUGUAAAAAAAGUGAUAAAAGAUGUUAAUUUAGAUAAUGACAUAGUUGUAUCAGUCUUUGAAACUAACAUACGAGUCCUUGGAGGUCUUUUAGGUGGGCACUCUGUGGCUAUUAUGCUGAAAGACAAAGGUGAAUACAUGCAGUGGUACAGUGGUGAACUCUUGCACAUGGCAAAGGAACUGGGCUAUAAGCUUUUACCUGCAUUUAAUACGUCUAGUGGUCUCCCCUACCCACGAGUUAACUUAAAAUUUGGUGUAAGAAAUCCAGAUGCUCGAACAGGAACAGAGACCGAUACCUGCACAGCUUGUGCAGGUACCUUGAUCCUUGAGUUUGCUGCUCUAAGUCGAUUCACAGGAGCAUCCAUAUUUGAGGAAUAUGCACGGAAAGCACUUGAUUUCAUAUGGGAAAAGAGACAACGCAGUAGUAAUUUAGUAGGGGUGACUAUUAACAUUCAUACUGGAGAUUGGGUUCGCAAAGAUAGCGGUGUUGGAGCAGGAAUAGACUCAUAUUAUGAAUAUCUAUUAAAAGCCUAUGUCUUGCUUGGAGAUGACAGUUUCCUGGAAAGGUUUAACACACACUACGAUGCUAUAAUGAGAUACAUUAGCCAACCACCUCUUCUGCUUGAUGUUCAUAUUCACAAGCCUAUGCUAAAUGCUCGGACCUGGAUGGACUCUUUGCUAGCAUUCUUCCCAGGACUGCAGGUACUGAAAGGUGACAUUAGACCUGCUAUAGAAACUCAUGAGAUGUUAUAUCAGGUUAUAAAAAAGCAUAACUUUCUUCCUGAGGCUUUCACAACAGAUUUCAGGGUUCACUGGGCUCAGCAUCCUUUAAGACCAGAGUUUGCAGAAAGCACCUAUUUCUUAUAUAAGGCUACUGGAGACCCUUACUAUCUAGAAGUAGGAAAAACACUUAUUGAAAACUUAAACAAAUAUGCUAGAGUACCUUGUGGAUUUGCUGCCAUGAAAGAUGUUCGCACUGGAAGCCAUGAGGACAGAAUGGACUCUUUCUUCCUGGCUGAGAUGUUUAAAUAUCUUUAUCUGCUCUUUGCUGAUAAGGAAGAUAUGGUAUUUGAUAUAGAAGAUUAUAUCUUCACUACAGAGGCUCAUCUCUUACCUCUUUGGCUCUCUACUACAAAUCAAACAAUCUCAAAGAAAAAUUUAACUACAGAAUACACAGAGUUGGAUGACAGUAAUUUUGACUGGACAUGUCCGAAUACCCAGAUUCUCUUCCCAAAUGACCCUAUGUAUGCUCAGAGUAUCCGUGAACCUUUGAAAAACGUGGUGGAUAAGAGCUGUCCUAGGGGCAUUGCUAGAGUAGAAGAGAGUUUGGGGACUGGACCAAAGCCACCACUGAGAGCACGGGAUUUCAUGGCCAGUAACCCUGAGCAUUUGGAGAUACUGAAAAAGAUGGGAGUCAGUUUGAUUCAUCUUAAAGAUGGAAGAGUCCAAUUAGUGCAGCAUGCAAUUCAAGCAGCAAGUUCACUUGAUGCUGAAGAUGGUCUGCGAUUCAUGCAGGAAAUGAUUGAACUAUCCAGUCAGCAACAAAAAGAGCAGCAGCUACCGCCUCGUGCUGUUCAAAUUGUUUCUCACCCAUUCUUUGGUAGGGUGGUCUUGACUGCUGGGCCAGCACAGUUUGGAACGGACCUGUCCAAACACAAAGCAGGGACGAGAGGAUUUGUUGCAACCAUUAAACCAUAUAAUGGAUGUUCGGAGAUCACUAAUCCUGAAGCAGUGAAGGAGAAAAUUGCUUUGAUGCAGAGAGGCCAGUGCAUGUUUGCUGAGAAGGCACGAAACAUCCAAAAAGCUGGCGCAAUAGGCGGCAUUGUUAUUGAUGACAAUGAGGGAAGCAGUAGUGACACUGCACCCCUGUUCCAAAUGGCUGGUGAUGGAAAGAAUACAGAUGAUAUCACAAUUCCUAUGCUCUUUCUGUUCAACAAAGAAGGAAAUAUUAUACUGGAUGCAAUCCGGGAAUAUGAGGCUGUAGAGGUGCUUCUUUCUGAUAAAGCAAAAGACAGAGAUUUGGAAAUGGAAAACAUGGAACAGAAGUUUUCAGAAAAUUAUUCGCAUAAGCAGCGCUCAGAUGAGUCUUUGAGAUCUCAGGACCCCAGCCUGGUCAGUCAACAGCCUGCUGAAGAUGAAAAUUCUGAUACUGUUCACUUGGAUUCAUUGUCGGUUGAUGCAGACACUGAUAGUGUUUCUAUUUCAAACCAGGAUUCCUAUAUCCUGGAAAACCAUGAGGCUAGUAUCCAGGAGACAGAAUGCACAACAUUAAAUAACCAGCCUCAGGAACAAACAGAGAUGGAGACAGAUUCAGACUCCAAUGUAAAUUGGGAUGAUGAUAAUAAGGUCCAGCCUAUGGAAUCUAUAUUAGCAGACUGGAAUGAAGAUAUAGAAGCAUUUGAAAUGAUGGAAAAGGAUGAACUAUGACUUACAAUAAUAACUUAUUUCUGGGUAAACAAAAUGGAGAACUUCUUGGGUAAAAGUGAGGCCCUAAUAUCUGAGAACUAAAAAAACUUGUUCAGUAUUGUGAUGAGCAACCAGGUUUUACCUGGAUAAUAUCAUAGAAACCCAGCACGUGGUGUUAUUGUUUUAAUUUUUCCUGUUUCGAAAUGGGAAUGUGCAAUUGAACCAUUUUGUAUGGCUCCAUUGCAUGGUGCUGUAACACAGGAGGCUUAUUCAGGGAAUGAAUCUGACUUCUGCAUUCCAGGCUUCAAGAGAUCAGGUUGCCUUGGCCUCUGGAAAGGCAAACAUUGAAUGCGGUGGGGUUAAUGUACCACUGGUUGGUUGGCUGGUUAUGGUAUGGUGAUAACACUUAAAGGCAGUCGGUCAGCUGCUAUUCUAGUCAAAGUGAGGGUACAAUUUCACCGAUCUAUGUUGGAUUGGAUAUAAAGGCCUUCAUGGAUAGAAACAGGUGAAAUUGUUAGACAUUUCCUUUUAUAGUGUAAGAUGGUAAGAUGUAGCUAGAGGCAGCUUGAUUUGUCCUCUGACAUCAUCACAACAUAGCAACAUUGCUCAUCACUCCUUCCAUCUAUUGUUUUGAAGAAUGACUGAGAUGACUUGGAUUUUUACUUUUCUGCUCUUAUUUCAACUGGAGAAGCUGUAUAAACCAAAGGUAAUGUCUGCUCUGUUAGUGAGUUCCUUUAGGAAAACUGCUAACUGGAGGACAACUAGAUAGACUCAGUAUAUUGUUAAGAUUUUUUUUUACUUGAAUUUAGGUAAAUUGGACAAGAUACAUUAUUCCUCUUUGACUUCCCAUGUUGAAAUCUAUUAAGUUUACUCUAUCCUAAGAUGCAAAACUUAGCAUUGUUGUUGCUCUCUGAAAAUACACACAAUAGAAUUAGAGCAGAAUUUUUACCAAAAAAAACCUAUUCCUUUCUCUCCAAGUUUUUAUUGCCAACAAUCAGCCUGAUGUAAUCACUUUUUGCGUGUGACACUUUGGGCAAGAAGGCCAGUAUCAAUAGUGAAGUGCAACUCCGCUGUUGGGUCCAUAGUUUAAAAUGUGGCAGUAUGAAUUUUGAAGAAUGAUUGAUAUAAUACUUUAGGACUUGGGUUUUUAACUUGCAGGUAAGUGUGGUUCCUAAGUUAUGUUAAAUCAUGGUUUUGUAAUUCCUCUAUUUAAAAUGAGGAUGUGUUUAAACAAACCUUAAUAUAGCAAAAUAUAUAAACAAAUUAUAAAUGGUAUAACUGUCCAAAGAUACUGCCAAAAACUUGAUAUAUAUAGUUUUUAGUUAAUUAUGGUUUGGCUCCAUAUUCUUAACACUGCCUACAUACUGCACCAGACUAAAAAUGAAAAUUCAAUAUGUAGUUUUUUUGCAGUAGAAUACAUAUGUCCCAGUCUGAAGUGCACCAGGCAUCCUGCUGGCGAGAUUUAAACGUGCAGAAUAAGCAAAUGUUAAGCAGUACAGCCAUACUGUAUUUACUCAUGUAUUUUCAUGUACAAUGUGAAUUGAAAAAUCCCAAACAAAUGUUUUAUACAUGUAAUCUUGCAGUGUCACUUGCUUUCAAGAGUUUCAAAAUGCACAAGCACCUUUUGAGAGCACUAUAGUCUAUCAAACAUCAUACACAAAUGUAGUGAAUCUGAGUGACCUAGAGUAGGAAUUAAUUUUGAUGGGGAAGUGGAGCAACAAAGAGAUGGUGAAUAAGUGUCCUUUUUAAAUUAACUUUUAAAAUGUAGUUUUAAUUUCUUUGCACAAAUUACUGUAUAGAGGUUUGGGUUUAACAUUGGUACUUUAGAAAGGAGCAUGAAGCAGCUGAGUUUUAAUCAUUUGUCACUUAGACUGAGGGGUUGAUUCAGAGGAGGAUUAUUUAUCCUAGGAAUUUUGAUCAUGGGAGCCUUUUAAGUGUCCUUUGUAACUUUUGCGUCCUGCUUCCUCAUAGAACCCAUCGACUUCAAUGGAUGUGGCUAUAGACACCAAUUUCAAGAAGCACGGCUAUGGGUUGGUGUAGGUCAGAAACCUUAAGUCUGAAAGUAAAUUAGAUAAUUCCAAAUGUCAGAGCCAAGUGCCACUAUUGAGCCUUUUCAUUUUAGUGCUCUUGAUUAGGUUACUUUAGUCAAAGCUGCAGCAAUUACGUGCUUAUUUGCUAGUCUUGGUGGAUAUAAUUAUUUUGGGGUUUUUUUAAGAUGGUAGGUAAAGUGGUUCUCUGAUCAUUGUUAGCUUCUUGUUUGUCAAAUCUUAACCUUGACAUGAUGGCUCAAAUCUUAUUUUUUCUUGAGAAUGAUUUAUUUUUUAGCUGAGAAUUUUGUCUUUACAAAUAUUCAAGUGGAUGUUCUAACUCUCCCAGCCACCACAGACUCAUCUUUCCUAACUGUCUGCUUCCCACUAAGCAUAAACACCUGCACAGUUCUGACGUAGAUGCAGACUGUUUUCCUUCCUUUGGAUUUAGGGAUUGCUAAGAAUCUCUCAGUAUGGGUUUGAAGUAUCUCGUCAGUGGUGGUCUACCUCAGAGAAAUGUUGCCUGCUUAUAUAUUUUAAAGAUAAUUUAACUUUACUGUCUGAAGUGAUCAUGACAGCCAUAGAUAGCCAUGUUUGAUGAGAGAGGUUUACAUGCUGUUUACAGAACUGAAUCAGGUAAAGUUGACCUUUUGGGAAAGAGAAGGAUAAAUUAGGGUGACAGUCUUAUUCAGGUUUUUUUUUCCUACUAAGGAAAUUGACUUUAGUUCACUUCUUCAUAUUGUUCUGAAAAUAGUUUUCUUAUAAUAUGUUAUUUUAAAAGAAAAAGGAAUGUAAGAUUGAAUAGAAAAUUAUUUUAGUGAGGAAAAAGGAGGGGGUCCUUUGCAAGAUUUUAAAAACCUUUAUUGUCCUUGAAGAAUAUUGCUCUUACCUCAUUCUAAAGUGUGGUCACCUGGAUAUUUCCCUGCUCCAAUUUAUGGUAUUCGGUGAAUUGAAAAAGUACCGGAUUCUAGUCUAGAACUAGCACUUAUUCCAUCUCAAGUGAUUCCUAAUAGCCAAUUAAUAUCUCCCUGCUGUUAGAGAGAUAUUCUCUAUUGUUUACAUUUACUGUUUCUUAAUGAAGUUUAAAAAUAAGCCCAGCAUUGUUUCUCCUGCCAAGGUUAUGUAAGAAAGCUUGGCUUUAGUUGUGAAAUAAUUUAUGCUGAGAUGGUGGUAAAUGUUAGAACAGGACAUCUUAUGCAAAAGGCUCCAGUCAGAACAUAGAAUAAAAAACAUUCUGUGAAUGAAAUAUUGUAUGUUCAGAUUUUAUAAAAAUUUUUUACCAGCCCAAUUUACAGCCGUAUAUUUUCUUAUGAUGUAAUUUAUGAAAGAUGUCUAACAGGUGCUGUAACACUACUGUUGUUGGGUUUUACUGUCUGGUGAUAGCAGUGUACACAAUAUUUCUAAGGGCAAUUAUGUACUGUGAUGUAAGAGUCUGGGCUAUAAAAAAUGUACAUAAUUCUUGUAAUAUAAUUGUGUACUUGAUUAUAAUUGCCGAUUGUAAAGAUUUAAUAAAAAUGUAAAUAUUCUGGUCAAA